AUGCCUUUAGUCCCCAAGUCCUCAUAUUACGAUAAGAACUACAAACAGUCUGCCGCUCUCAUCCGAGCUCGAAGACCAUAUCUUGUAAAGAAUGCUUUGACAGGCGCUGGCAUUUUCGCAUUCGCUCUUGGAGUUUUUGCUUUCACUAUUCGAGCAGUAUCUCAAGACGAAUUUGAAGAUGUCAAAGUACCAGCCGCACCAACCAAACGAGAUUCUUGA